AUUAGUGCUUGCUUUCUGUGCAGGGUGGUGGUCCUAUCCACCGGCAGCUCAGCAUCAGUGUGAGCCAGGUGGGAGAGCUGGGCCUGAUGAGCUGCCUGCUACCAGACCAACUGCUGGUGGACAUCCUCUCAGAGAGACUGCAGCUGAGUGACUGUCACCGGGGUGUUGUGAUGGACGGGCUGGAGACGCUGUACAGCCUCUCCCCCAGCAGCACCCUACAGAUCAUCCUCAAGGCCUUCAACAACAGAUCCUUCAUCUACAUGGUCAAUCUCUCCAACAACUACUAUGCCUUCAAGGCCAAGGAGAGGGCACAGAGAGAGGCAGAGGAGGUCUUACAGAGGGAGCACGCUGAGAAGGAGAAGCUGCGCUUGCAAGAAAUGGAUGAGGAGGAGUAUGAUGCCCUGCCAGAGGAGGAGAAAGAGCGCAUCGACCUCAGACACCUUGUGGCACUGAGAGAACGAAAGCGCAGGGAACAAGAGCGGGCAGAAAGGGAACAGGAAGAGAGGAGACAACAAGAGGAGCUAGAGAGAGUGAGAGAAGAAGAGGAGAUGAAAAAGAAAAACAAGAAAGGCAAGAAGGAGCCUGCCAAGGACGACUCAUCAGGGAAGAAGAGUCAGCUUGGAGGAAAACAGUCUGCAAGUGCCCUACGCUCAGAGACAAAACUGGACCAGCUGGUGAAAGAUGGGAGAAAAAUGUCCUCCUGUGCUGACGGCAAGGAGUAUAAAGACUCUCCCACAGAGYGCACUAGGGAACCAGAGGAGGGAUCCAAGAAGAAGAAGCCCAAAGAGGGCAAGGCAGGGGGUCAGGAUGAGUCUCCAUUACCAAGCGAGGACCCAGAGAGAGAGCUGUCUAGUGAGGGUGACCGCCUGCUGCUGUCUCGGUUCAGACUCUACGAGCAGAGCCAGCCCCAGCUUCUCCACAUCCUACAGUUCUGGGACCGAGCCCAGGGUCAACUCCUCCAGCCCCUGUUCUCUGAAGACAACAUCCAGGAGCCAGAGGAAGUAGUCCCUGAGAGACAGGCCCCCUCCGGCAAGAAGACCAAGAAAGAGCGGGAGAAGGAGAAGGUGGAGAAGGAGAAGGAGCGCUUGGAGAAGGAGAAGUUGAAGGCAGAUGCCACAGAUGUGAAGCUGGUGUCUCCAGCCCCUAGCCAGGCCCUUCUAGCAGUGGAGGGGUCUGAGGGAGGGGACAGGGAGGCUGCACCUGAGACUGUGCCCCACAUCCUCCUUUCUGUUACUGGGAGGGACUAUCUUAGUGGAAUAGAGAUCCUGAAGAGCAACAAACUGCCCCCUCUUGAAGAGGUGUUGGAUGGUUUAGGGCUGGGACCCAAGGGCCCUCCUAUCCCCCCCCCCACUAUCUUCUCUGUCAUCCCCUACCCUAAGAAGAGGCCUGUGCCCAGUGCACAGCAGAUCACUAGUUGCUUCACCUUCAUGGUGCCCUCAGUUCCAGAGGAUCCAACAGGGGAGAAGAAGGAUGCAGACAUGGAGGCUGAAGCUCAAGGCUCAGUCAAGGAAGAAGUGGUGACCCCUACCAAAGGACGGGGGAAGAAGGCAGACACAGGCAGAGAGAGUCAGAAAGACAAGAGACGCGCCCCAGCCAAAAAGGGGGCCAGGUCCAAUGAGUCUCGCUCCCCUCCUCUCAACGCUGUGACUCCCUUAUCUGACACUGAGCAGUGCCAACAGGAGUCCCAACAGGAGCGCAACCAGCGGCUCACCACAUUCCGCUGGAAUGUCCCACCCAAUGGAGAGGUGACGCUGAAGAUCUGGUUCCACUCCCAAUUGCCUGGCAAGUUUGACCAAACACUGAACUUUGAGUUGUUGGGUACAAAGAGACGGUACCAAAUGUACUGUAGGGGCAUCUGUGCAUAUCCAUCCAUCAGCAAAGAUGUAAAGAUGGUGUUUGCCCACAGUAAGAGGGUCCUUCAGGCUGAUGAGGUUCUGCAGAAGACCUACAUCAUCCGCUCUGGCCUCUAUGAGUUUGGUCCGCUGCUCUGUGGGAAGACCAGAGAUAGGUAUAAAGAGAGGAAGUAUCCAGAGAACAUGGAAAGGCUGGUGAUACACAACAACUCCCCACUGGAUGCUGAGAUUCACUUCUGCUUCCAGCAUGACACCAAGGCUACCACCUACCUAUUAGACCCUCCCAACAUGACCCUCAAGCCCAACGAGAGACAAGAGCUGACAGUGUGGGCGUACCCUACGAGCCCAGGGCAGAUAGAGGACAGUGUGGUGUGCUGUAUUAAAGAGAACCCAGAGCCAGCCAUCUUCCGCUUCUCCUGUCGCGGGGUCCGGCCCGAGCUCGAGAUCGAACGCAAGCAGCUGCAUUUUGAUAAGAUUCUACUGCACAGGAAGGACACGAGGAAUCUGUGCCUGCGUAACAACACGCUGCUGCCUGCAGCCUGGAGGCUGAGUGGGCUGGAGGUGCUGGGGGAUGAGUUCAGUGUGUCUCAGGACCAGGGCAUCAUCCUGCCACACUCUGAGUUCUGCUUGCAGAUGCAUUUCAGAGCCAUGAAGCCCAUCAACCUGAAGAGAGCCAUUCGCCUCGAGGUGUCCGAUGUGGAGAACAUCCUGGGUAUUGUCCAUACAGAGAACAUACAGAUCCUUGCUGAGGCCUAUGACGUGGCUCUGGACAUCACCUUCCCUAAAGGGGCUGACGGCGGUCUAGACUUUGGAACCAUCAAAGUAUCUGAGGAGGUCAAGCUUUCUGUGAACAUGAAAAACAAGGGCAAAUAUGAGAUAGCUUUCAAGUUUAUCCUGGAGGCCACAGACCCAGCCGUGCCAGACCUGAACCAGAUCUUCACCAUCACCCCACAGAAGGGCUCCCUCAACCCCAACGACCGGCCCACAUGCGUCCAGUUUGUGUUCCGCCACAACAAGGAGGUGUCCAUCCGAGAGCAACCAAUUCUGCGCUGUCAAGUGAUUGAGCCAAAUAUUGCAGAGGGUGGAGAGACCAUUGCCAUCAUUCCCAUCAAAGUAUCAGUCCAGUCCCUCUUCUCGAAAUACAACAUCAUGCCCUCCAGUGACAUUAACUUUGGCCCACUAGUCUACGGCUGCCGCAAGACACAAACCUUCACCAUAGAGAACAAGGGAGACUUUGAGAUCCGCUUCAACAUCAGCAGGAUGUGUAAAGAUCUGCCACAGCCUGCCCAGAGGAGAGGCAUUGUGGGGAAGAGAACAUCACGUGAGAACCACUCUGCUAAACCCCUCACUGGAAACAAAGUGCGGCGAGCUGAAUCCAUCCAGAAGGACAUGGGCAUGUCCACUCUGGCCCGUUUCACCAUGGGCGUGUUCUCAUUGGUCCCUGGUUUUGGUAUCCUGGCGCCGGGCGCUCACCAGGUGGUCACGGUAGACUGUGUGGCAGAGCAGGCAGGACGCUGGCAGGAGUGUCUGGCCCUGGACAUCACCGACCGAGACCCCUCAGACAAUCCAGGCGGUAUCCCCUACCGGCUUGUGGCUGAAGUCUGCAUGUCAGGGAUUGCAUACAAAGACAUUGCCUCUAUUUUUGAGGAGCACCGCAUCUGCAAGACCAGCACCAUGUUGUACUGUGAGCAGUUCCGUGAUUCCAUGGGCAUCUAUAUCCAGGAUGAGAACAAAUUUGUUUUCAAUAAUGUUCUGGUGGGUCGUCCCGCCAAAGCCCGCUUCCGCCUCACCAACAACGGCAAGGUGCCCUGCGAGCUGAGCCUCGCAGUUAAACCUGUCCUUACGAAGAUAUCAGUGCGUAGCACGGAGGUGUUUGAGUUGACGCCUGGCAGGCUUUCUAUACCCAGUCACUCUCAUGCCUUUGCCAUCAUCACAUUCGCCCCUCAGACCAUGCAGACCUACCAUGCUGUGUUUGAGGCCACCCUGGAGGGAGCUACCAGUCUGCAACCCAUGGCCAAGUCCAAGGUGUUGGUGUUUGAUCUGAUGGGUGAUGGCAAUCUGCCCAGUGUGACUAUUCUGAGACCAGUCCUGAGGACCAGCCGUGGACACCCUCUGCUGCAGUUCAAACGGCUGCUGGUGGGCCGGGCCCAGACCCUGCCCCUGGUCCUGAAGAAUGAUGUCAAUGUACCUGCUCAGAUUCACAUUGAUCUUCUGGAUAAGAUGGGGGUGUUCACUUUGGGAGCUGCUCCCAACACCAUCUGCAGCAACAUCUCCUCAUCACAGAUAGAUGCAGAGGUCGGGACAGAGAGACAGAUGGCGCACACUGCCUCCUUGGUGCUGUUAGGCGGUCAGCAGGCAGAGUUUGAGGUGGUUUUUAGUCCCGUGGUGGCUCAGAGCUUCGAGGCCAACAUGCGCCUCCUAGUGGUGGACAACCAGUAUGAGGAGACAGUGGUGCGGCUGCUGGGGGAGGGCUACCAUGACGUCAUCUCCCUGGACAACAUCAACAGCAAGGCUCAGCAAAAGGAGUACUCACCAGAUGGUAAGGGGGACCUGCUGUUCUUUGGAGACUGUGAGGUGUCCCGGCCCUACCAGGAGACCUUCACCAUGACCAACCUGAGCAGCAAUAACGUGCUGAGGUUCGAGUGGCCCGCCGACGGCCCCCAGGUCUCCUUCUCCCCCCAGGUGGGCCACCUCCAUGCAGGCUGUGCCAAGGAGGUGACCGUGACCUUCUGCUCAGAGCAGCCCGUAGUGCUGAUUGCCCAGCCUAUGAAGUGUAAGCUGUGCAGGGUGGUGUUCCAGCAGCCAGUGGACCAGGUGCCAGACUGGGACGACCGCCUCAGGACCGUCAAGUGGGUCGACUCUGGAAAACAAGUGGGCAGUCAACAGCCUACAAAGAAGAAGGUGAUUGAGACAGACCCAGAGCCAGUCCAUUCUGUAGUAGAGAAGUCAUUCAGGGAGACGGAGCUGCGCAUCAGUGCUGUGUGUGAUUAUGCUAAGUUCACCUGCAACGCAGAGACCAUCCGCUUCAAGGACACACUGCUCUAUCAAACCAGAAUGUUCCAGCUCCAGAUGGUGAACAAAGGCAGUGUGAAGCUGGAGUACUCAUGGCAGGUCCUAAUGGACAGAUAUGGAAAAGGUGUCAACUUUGAUCAUGGAGACGUUAGCCCUCGCUCCUGUCAGAGCAGUAGAUUAGGGGUGAGACCUGCCAGCUCUUUAGAGAGCGUGUCAUGCCUGAUGCUGGGUGACCCAGACCUGCCACCCUUCUCCGUGGAGCCCAGUGUGGGUAUCAUCAGCCCUGGAGCCACCCAGACCUUCAGGAUCAAGUUCUCCCCCUUGGAGGUAGCAGAGUGUGAAGCCAGGCUGGUCUGCAGCAUCCCCAACCUGAAAGACGAGCAGAGCCCCACCAUGGUGGUGUGUGGUCGCAGUUUACUGCCCUACUGCCACUUCCACCUGGAGGACUCAGACUACAUCAGUGGAAACAGACGUAACCCAGAACUGCGUGGUCCUCAUGGGGCCCUGCCCAGGGCCCCCCUGGACCCCAACACCAGGGUCAUAGAGUUCAGAUCUGUGGGCAUUGGCUCCUCCAUCCUUAGGCAGUUCAGCAUUGUUAACCCCACCAACAAGCCUUACUCCUUUAUCUGGAGAUGUGAGGAUGCAGGUGCCUCCCCUUUCCAAUGUCUCACACCAAAUAACUCCAUUCAGCCUGGGAAGAAAGUAGAGGUAUCUUUUGAGUUCCAGGCCCAGGAGCCAGAUACAGUGGAGUCAUUCUGGACCUUCCUGAUCCCAGAUCAGAACCUGUCUGUGCCCUUCCUGCUGGUUGGAACAGCUAGUGAGCCUGUUGUCUACAUGGACCAUGCCCAUCUUAACCUGGGAAACCUGCUAGUGGGACACAAGGCUCACCAAACAGUGUAUCUGCUGAAUGGAGAGAAUCAGCCCUUUCAGUUCUUCAUUAAGGAAACGUCCCGUUACUCAGAGGCCUUCCUGGACAGCCUGCAGCUGGAGCCCAUGGAGGGGGUGGUGCCACCUAAAGACAGGUUCCCUGUGCUUGUUUCUUUCACCCCGACACAAGAUGGAGUGGUGACCUUUAACCUGCUGGUCCAGGUGAAGGGGAAGGUCCAGCCCCUCAAUAUGAACGUCAAGGCAGAGGGUUACAGCAUGAAUGCCUGUGUGCAGUGUGAGAGCACCGAGGGAGGCGUCACCGAUCUGUCUCCAGGCAACUCUUAUCAUCAGGUGGACUUCAAACAAGUGGAGCUCAGUGAUACGACAUUGUGUACCUUCUUAGUGUCCAACCUGGGAAAGUUCAGUCUGGAUGUUCAGUAUGAGUUAUGGGGCUCGGCGGAGAUGCAGCGCCACCUAAAGGUGGAGACAGACAAGGGGAGUGUUGAGGUGGGCAGACAAAGCCGCUGUACUGUCACAUUCUUCCCCCUGCAGAAGUGUGUGCUCAAAGACGUGGGCCUCAACAUCAAGAUUAAGAACGGGCCUGUGUUCAGCUGCUCCAUCCUGGGUUCAGCGGUUGCUCCUGGCCUGGAUUUCUCCUUCUUGAAACACAACUUUGGAAUGAGCUUUAUCUACUGUGCAGGGAUGGUGCCAGCCACACAUACACUGAUCAUAAGCAACAAGGGAGAGAGAGGGAUCAGUCUAGAUUGUCAGUUCUCCAACACCCCAUUCCUGGAGGUGGGCUUCCAGCCAGAGGUGCUGCCCCCUGGUGGGUCCAUGGAAGUGCCCAUCACCUUUUACCCACGGGAGGCCAUGCGCUACCAUGAGAGAGUGGUCUUCGAGAUCAAUGACUGUGCCAAGCAGAUGGUCGAGAUCCUAGGUCAAGGCAUUGAGAUGAAGGUUGACUUUGAAGACCCCAGACACAAGCUGGUGAAUCUAGGGGCUCUGCAGAUUGGUCAGAAGAUCAGGAGGGUGAUUCCCCUGGUGAACAACAGCCAAUCCUCUCUAACCUUCUCCCUGCUACUCAGCUCUACUGUACACACUCUGCUGGACUCCAGGGUGCUGUCAGUGAACCCGCCAGGUGAGGUGACCCUGAAGCCGUUUGGGGGCCGCUGUCUGGUGGAGGUGCUGUUCUCUCCCAGGCAGCGCAUGGCUCCCUUCACGUCAGAGCUGCAGUUUGAGUGUCUGGGCACGGUUCGCCCCCUGCUGGUACUGAAGGGCUGCUGUCAGGGAGUGGAGGUCAAGCUGGACCAGGACUACCUGCCCUUUGGAGCUGUCGCUCAGCGCUGCAAGGUCACAAGACGCAUCAUCAUGCAGAACUCUGGAGACAUCGGAGCCAGGUUCCAGUGGGAAAUGAAGAGGUUUGGCAGAGACUUCUCCAUCACCCCUGUAGAGGGCUACAUCUGCCCCGGCAUGGAGGUGCCUUUUGAUGUGACCUUUUCCCCUGUGGAGCUGAGCCAUGAGCUGAGAUAUGAUGACCUACCCUGCUCUAUAGAAGGAGCCAAGCCCAUCAAACUCACCCUGGCAGGCUCCUGUAUCCUACCCCCGGUCACCAAAGAGGUGUUGCAUUUUGUGUGUCAGGUGCGCUGUCAGCACAUCCAGUCACUGACCCUGUCCAACCGCACCAACCAGCGCUGGACUCUGAAGCCUGUGAUGGAGGGGGAGCACUGGAGUGGCCCUCCCUCCUUCAUCAUUGAGCCUUACCAGCAGAACAAGGCCUACGAGAUCACAUACAAACCCAUGGUCACGACCGCCGAUGGCAAGAAGCACCUGGGCUCUGUAUUCUUCUCCUUUCCAGAUGGGACAGGCAUGCUCUACACUCUGCAUGGCACUGCUGAGGCCCCCAAGGCUGUAGCCACCAUCACCCACGAGAUGCCCUCCAAGACCCAGUACACUGAGAUGGUUCCCGUCCAGAACUGGCUCUCCAAACCUCAGAGGUUCCGUGCUGUAGUGGAGAUCAUGAAGCCAGAGAGGCCAGACAGCAGUGUGUCGCUGAAGGGGCUGGACUAUCUGGAUGUACCAGCUCUGGCCAAGAGGGACUACAAGGUCUCCUUCUUCACCUACAAGGAGGGCCAGUACAACGCCAAGGUGACAUUCCGUAAUGAGUCUACAGGGGAGUACCUGUUCUACUACCUGAACUUCAAGGCCACAGCGCCGGGUGUCAUCAGCACCAUAGAAAUGGUGACUCCGGUGCGCCAGACAGCCUCUGCCUCUGUCAGGGUGGAGAACCCCCUCCCCAUUAGCCUGUUCUUCAGUGCUGAGUGCCGCAGCCCAGAGGUCAGUGUGCCUCCACAGCUCUCUACGCCUGCACUCUCCAAGGCCACUCUUUCAUUUGAGUACCAGCCGCUGCGUGCGGGCGAGUCCACUGCUCGUCUCAUUCUUCAUAAUGGAGAGUUGGGCUACUUCCACUAUGAGCUGUUGCUGAAAGCCCUGCCAGCGUCGCAUGAGAAACCGCUCUACUUCCGUGCUCCGCUGGGCAGCGGACACUCCGUCUCUGCCAAGUUUACCAACUACUCCCGCGUCAAGGCAGAGUAUGCCUGCAAGACGGACAGUCCUGACUUCAUUGUGGAGAAGAACAUUAACGCUGCAGCUGGCUACCAGGCGGGCACAGACAUCAGCCUGGAGGUUUACUUUGAGCCCUGUCAGUUGGGAGAGAUCCGUGGCAUGCUCACCCUCUCCUCAGGGUUUGGUGGAGAAUACAUGUUCCCUCUCUUUGGGUGCUGCACCCCUCCCAAAGCCCAGGGCCCCUUCACCAUCCGCGCCGGAUCCAGCGUGUCCAUCCCCUUUAAGAAUGUGUUUGUCCAGACCACAGCCUUCUCCUUCCAGGUGGACAGCCCAUCCUUCACUGUGAAGGGCGUGGAGACCAUCCGGUCCAAGAAGACCCAUAACAUUCUUGUUAUGUUCGAGGGGCCUCCCCCUGGCUCCCGAGGGCCCUGCAGUGGUAAGCUGACCAUCUCCAGCCCGCGCUCCGAGGGCCACGGCCAGAGCAUCUCCUGGGUCUUCUACCUGAAGGGCUACUGCCCUGAGCUGGCCCAGAGGGACAAGACCUCUUAGAGGAGGGUGAACCUCUUCUAUACAGUAUAGAACAGUUCAAUGCACAUUAUGGUUGAUACUACAAUAUGUUUACUCCACACUGAUAUAGUUUUAAGCAAAUGUCAAGCUAAUAAAUGUCAUAUAGAUGGGUGUUUUUCUUCUGUUGCACUUACAUUUAUACUUUUAGCACGGAAUUGUAUUUGUUGAAUGUGUUUUAAAUCAGUAGGCUACAGUAAUCACAUUUAGUUAUUGAUUUUACAAAUAAUAAUGUGCUGUUGUCCUAUUUAUAAAGCCUUAGGAGAUUUAUACAUUGUGAGACUAAAUAAUAAAUAUAUUUAUAGCAGAAAUGGUCUAUCGUAUCAGCUCUGUUGGGUGUUAUCUCUUCUAGAUCAUGUCCCUCUCAGCCACUAGGGAGA